UCGUCGAUGAGGAGUGACGCAAUCUGACGUAAGACAAUGCACGCUCUCUACAUAACAGCCCGGAAGUUUCUGAAGAAAUCGCUUAAGUUUUCACGUUUUUCUCAGCACCAAGCUACCGAGAACAGUCGCAGAUGGCGGGGUUCGAUCUCGUGCCUGUAGAUGGUGGCAGUCCAAUACACCUGCCCGAGGGGGAGACACUGCUGGGAAGGGGUCCAUUCCUUGGCGUCAGCGACAAAAGAGUCUCUAGACACCAUGGCCUCCUUGAGAACCUGAAUGGGCAGCUGCGCAUCAAACCUACUCAUGUGAACCCCUGCUUUUGUCAGUCAUCACUGGAUGACCCCCCACAACCCCUAGACAGGAACCAGUGGCAUAAACUUGGACAGGGACACAUCAUCUCCCUUCUUCCUGGGAAGUACAUCUACAAGGUGGUGGCCGUGGGUGGAGAAGAUGGAACACCCAGAAACAGUCAAGCUCUUCAAGAUGAAGAAGAGGCUGUUAUUAAGUCUCCUCCUGCCUCUCCUAAACCAAGUGACGAACCCGCUAACCACACUCGACAGGGCAAGGGGUGGACACCACGCUCCCAUGAACAAGAAUCUAGACUGGGAGGUAGUGUGGAACAGAAGGAGCCAGAUGAACAGCUACCCAACCGACCUACCUCAAACCAGACGGAGACUGGGGUAGCUGAAGCAGAAAAGGACAAGAACGAGCCAAAACUCGAACCAAAGAAAAGAGUAUUACCUGCUUGGAUGAUGGUACCCAUUGCAGCUCCAAAGAGCCCCACCACCAAAGUUUUAGGUGAUGGAAAUCGAGGCAGAGGAACCGCAACCCGAACGACAAGCACCAACCAGGGCGUUGCCAAACGGGCCAGGGACACAGCGCCCUUGUCAGGGGAGGAGGAGUCUGAACACAGCGAGGCGGAGCCAACGCCCAGGAAGAGAGUGAGGAGGAAGAAGAGUGACGAGGAUGAGGACGACGAUGAGGAGGAGGAGGUCCAGUCUAAAACAGCAUUUAAAGCCAGGCAGCAGGUGAAGCCUAGUAAAGUAGAGGAGAGCGAGGAGUCUGACCACUUUGACGUGGAGGAGGAGGAGGACGAUGGAGAGAAGAGAAGAGGAGGAGGAGGAGAAGCUUCCACAUCGAAAGGCAGCAGCACUUCUACGAGCAGAGCGGAGGCCAGAGAGUCCGAGGACAGGGGGAGACAGCCUCCGAACGGUCAAAAGGUCGGCAAGGGGCCUCAGGGGGCAGGUGACGUUUCAGGCCCCGCCCAGUCCAAAGCUCGGCUCAGGACGACCUGCCCCUAUGGAAAGGACUGUUACAGGAAAAACCCAGUCCACUUCCAAGAAUGCAGUCACCCCGGCGACAGCGACUACGAGGAGGAUUCCGCGAAAGAAGAGGAGGAAGAGGAGGACGCGGACCGACCUGAGUGUCCGUACGGCACAGACUGCUACAGGAAAAACCCUCUUCACUGGAAGGAAUACAAACACACCAAGAAGACACGAGCAAAAAAGCCGGUGUCAUACAACAACGAUGAUGAUGAUGAUGAAUUUGGGGACGAUGACAGCUUCAUCAAUGAUGAGAGCGAGGACAUUGGUGAAGACUCUGACUAUGAGCCACCUGACUCAGAUGACAGUGGCAAGGAGGACCUCAAAAGACUCAAGAAAGAAGCCAAGGCCUUCACAAAGCCGAAAUGAACUAUUGGCCUAAACUGGACUAAUCUCCCCUUACCUGUUUUAAACUAAGCAUGCUAUUUAAGUGGGGCUGAAGCGCGUUUGGGUAUACCUUUUUUCCUCUAUUCAAACACACUUGGAAUCCAGCAGGUCUAGAAUCUCGAAUAAUAUUAGUCCCUGUGCUGGGAAAAUACAGUCAGCAAUUUACCCCAUCAGUUGGGAAGAAUCAAUAAUGGGAUUCUUGACUGAUUUAGAUUGUUUGUCUAUGAUGAUGUCAUAUUGCUGACCUUUUUAAAAGUGAUUGAAUUUAUGUGUGAUACACAAUGAUACUUUCUUGGAUAGUAAUUCAUCACUAGCAUUUUUGAGGUGUAGGAAAUCUUGGUUAUUGGUUUGUUUGAAUAGUAUGGACAAGCAGUUUUUUUUUUUUACUUCCUUUAAAAAUCAUUGAUCAGUGCCUUCAGAAAAUAUUCACACCCCUUGAC